UUAUGCCAGACUGACCCCACAGGAUUUCUGAUUUCUCCCAUUCAUUGCAUCUGCCAUCCCUUCCCUUGGCCCUUUCUCCCUUCUGAUAAUUUUGCGCAAAAUCUUCCUCCUUUUUUUCCUCCAUCGCAGAGAAGUGGGAGACGCUCUAUGUGAUGUCCGACCUGGAUUCUCGGUUCAAAUGCUGAAAACUCUCCGGUUACGAAAUGGGUCUCGGCUCAAAUGUAGAUGUCUAGCUUCUGGUCUCAGGAUUCUGAUCCAUUGGUGUUUUAGUUGUGCUUGUGCUUGGAGAAAUCUGGGAGUGGGUUUGAUGGUUGGAACUCGGAGGAAGGUUUCUGGGUUGGAUCCGUGUGGAAGAUUCGAGCUUGUUUUAAUGGGUAUGUUUUAGUUUUAAUCUGCAUGCAUAUGGGAUUGUUUGUUUGAAGCGAUUUCUGUGACGUUGUUGGGUAUUUUCUCCAAUCUGGAUAUUUUUGUGAGUUUUCGUUUUGUCUCUCCCUCUAUUGGAAUCGAUAUGUUUGUUAUUUCCUCGAACAGGAGAUUGUCGGUUUUGAGAAACAAAGGCGAAGGGAUUUUGUUUUCAUAGAGUUUGAAUCAUUUCCUAGAGGACCAAUCUCAGAGGGGUUUUCUUGGUGCUUCUCCGUGGUUUCCGUAGGUGAAACAUUCGAUUAGACAUUGAAGAAGAAAUGCUUACAUUGGUUUGACUCCAGGUUGUCUUUGGUAAGGAGAAAUGGAAGGAAACUUAUCGGCGGGAAGUAUGAUGCCAGGUGCUUCGUAUGGAGUUUUAGACUUGCAGGGAUCUAUUCAUGCUCAUCACCAAAACCCUCAUACCCUCCAUCAACAGCAGCAGCAGCAACAGCAACAACUCUCGCACCCUCAUCAGGGUUCUAUGCUUCAUCCCCCUAUGAAUGAUGUUUUCCCCCACACCGUAGGAAAUAUGCAUGAAUGUGAUCAGUCCAUCUCUCUUGUUGAUUACAACAAGGGAGAUAAGGGGAAGGGUUCCACAAGCGAGGAAGAUGAGCCAAGUCUAACAGAAGAUGGUGUUGAUGGCCAUGCGGAACCCGGUAAAGGGAAGAAGGGGUCGCCUUGGCAUCGGAUGAAAUGGACUGAUUCGAUGGUAAGGCUUCUUAUAACUAUUGUUUCUUACAUAGGUGAGGAUGCUGCUUCUGAAUGUGGCAACGGAGGAAGAAGGAAGUUUACUAUCUUACAGAAAAAGGGAAAGUGGAAGUUGGUGUCAAAGGUCAUGGCUGAGAGAGGGUGUUACGUUUCACCACAGCAGUGUGAGGACAAGUUCAAUGACUUGAACAAAAGGUACAAAAGGCUGACAGAUCUUCUUGGGAGGGGUACUUCUUGCAGGGUUGUUGAGAACCCUGCACUUCUGGACAUGAUGGAUAUCUCAGAGAAAGCAAAGGAUGAUGUUAGGAAAAUUUUGAGCUCAAAGCAUCUAUUCUAUGAAGAAAUGUGCUCAUAUCACAAUGGAAACCGAUUGCAUCUACCUGCUGAUCCGGCAGUUCAACGGUCCUUGCAGUUGGCUCUUAGAAGUAAGGACGAUCAUGCAAUUCAUGACACAAGGAGACACCUCCAAGAUGAGGUUGAUGAAGAAGAUCAAGAUGCAGAAACUGAUGAUCAUGAUGAUGAAGCUGAGGAUAAUCAUGCCUUACAUGGUGAUAAUGGGGGAAUAUUUGGGGGGCAAGGUGGUUUUACCAAGAGAAUGAAACAUGGGCAGGACCAUGAUGAUGCAAGUUUUGGAAAUCCUUCUCACGAAUGUAAUAAACUAGCCUUUUCUCAUCCACAAACUAUCCCUGUUGACAUGAAUCAAGUGUUCCCUGAAGGCACCAAAGCAGCUUGGUCACAGAAGCAGUGGAUGAAAUCUCGCUCACUUCAAUUGGAAGAACAGAAGAUACAGAUCGAGGCACAGAUGUUGGAGUUGGAGAGGGAGCGGUUCAAAUGGCAGAGAUUUAGCAGGAAAAAAGACAGGGAGUUGGAUAAAAUGAGAAUGGAAAAUGAGAGGAUGAAGCUUGAAAAUGAGCGCAUGGCAUUGGAAUUGAAGCAUAGGGAGUUAGAGGCUGACUUUAAUCGAAUGCCCUGAUUCAUUCUGUACACAUCCAAAGAAGCUCAAUGUUCUUUAUUUUCAGUAUGCUGUUGCUGGCGGCUGGCCUAGUUGGAAUUUGAAUUUUACACUUUCUUGUUUACAUCAUGUGUCUUCCUAUGUGCAUUGGAUAAACUUAGGAGAGGGAAGGAUACCAACUCUUGACAUACGAGGGCAACACAUGAUAACAUGAUCAGGGUGUGGAAAAUUAUGGCAACAAUGUUUUCUUUUUUGUAUCUUUUAUUUGGGUUUCUUGUUGUACUGUCAUAUACAAAGAUAUCAUAAAUAUGGUUUGCCAUUUAUCAUGGUUGUCUUAAUUGAAUCAUUACUGGAUAAAUUAAGUAAAUUAUUUAA